GGAUUCAAUCGUAGGAAAAACAUCGAACGGCGCACAUCGUGUGCUCUCGCUCUCAUCCAGCUAUCCUUGUCGAACCGCCGUGAAAGAAGAGCAGAACGACGACUGACCGAGAUUCUGAACAACACUAUCAGCGUGGAGUGGUGAAGUGCGAUUGUGAGCUGGCGUGUUUGCUCAGACCAGUUUCAGCUGCCGAACCGGUUACACCGGCCAUUUCUCCGCACAAACCCGGAAAAGAUAACAUAAUAAAAAACUCUCAGCCCCAGUGUCUUGAAGUCUUGAACUGUUUGUGUAAGUGCUUAGCAUACAUCGCAUCGCAUCUUCGGACGAACUUAAGGAUAUACCAGCAUCUUCAGAGGAACGUGUGAGAGGUGUACAUGUGUGGAGCAGAAGGUUACACAUAGUUGUGAGUGCCUCUUGGCUUCAAUUGAUUGAAUUAAUUCGCCUAAUUGAGUUGGCCAACACCCGCAUCUUGGCACCUUCGAGAAGUGUCUUGGAAGAAGGAAACUUUUAAUCAUAAGCUGAGUGUGUAGUGUGUGGUACAUGAAGUGAAGUGUGAUUUUGAUCCAAACCUUAAAUCUGGAACGCAAGGAAGGAUUGUUGCUGCUGCUAGCGGAAGUUGCUCGAGAGGCACUUGAUCAACGCCAGCCGGUUUCGACAGUGCAACAUGGUUUAUUUUAGUCCACGUGGUAUGCAGCCGCCGUGUAGCCCACCAGGAUUACCGAUCACGUCCAAGAGUCCCACGAUGGAGUCAGCCAACAGCAACACGAGCAUUGAGCACGAGGAGCACGAUCAGAAGCCGCCGGCGAUGAAGAUGCAGCGAUCGAACGGUGGAGGAGCGAUUCACAAGUUCUCCAUUGCGUACAUUAUGGGUCGCGAUGGGGACGACGGGGAGAGUGGAGACGAGGAGCUGAGGAGGAAGAAGGAUUUAGGGGAACGGCCGGCCAGUCCACCGUCGGCGGCGUCCAGUCCCAGCUACGAUCAGCACAGUUCAGCGUCGUCGAUGGCGGCGUACGACUCGGCGUUCAAGAAGUACGUACCGAGUUCGGUGCACCAGUUUGUGGCCAACCGCCACCAGGAUCUACUGAGUCAAUAUCCGUUGCUGUACUACCCGGGUCAAUUAAUGUGUGCCGCGGCCCAGUACGCCGCACUCACGCAACAUCCGUCGGUAUCCCUGCUUAACGGAUCUUCGCUGGCGAGUGCAGCGAGUUCGGCGGCUGCCGCUGGUCCACUGCACCCGUAUGUUCCGACGGCAGCGAGUGCGCUGAGGAGUUUAGAGAGCUCGGCCGUGUCUCCGACACAACACCCGACGGCUACGUUGAGUCAUCACAAAAAAGUCAAUUUGAACGCAUCGACAUCGUCUUCUUCAUCCAGCGAGUUGAACAGCUCGACGAAUUCCGCUGGAUCGACCAAUCCCGGAUCGGCGGCGGCUCUCGCCAAGCAGAAGACCUUCGCCUGUCCCGAGUGCGGCAAGGUGUUCAACGCACACUACAACCUAACGCGACACAUGCCCGUCCACACGGGAGCUCGGCCGUUCAUUUGCAAGAUCUGCGGAAAGGGUUUCCGACAGGCUUCAACGCUCUGCCGGCACAAGAUCAUCCACACCUCGGAAAAGCCCCACAAAUGUCAAACCUGCGGGAAGGCCUUCAACCGGUCCUCGACGCUAAAUACCCACACGCGGAUCCACGCCGGGUACAAACCGUACAUCUGCGAGUACUGCGGCAAGGGAUUUCACCAGAAGGGCAACUACAAGAACCACAAGCUGACCCACAGUGGGGACAAAGCCUACAAGUGCAACAUCUGCAACAAGGCCUUUCACCAGGUGUACAACCUCACCUUUCACAUGCACACCCACAACGACAAGAAGCCCUUCACCUGCAAGAUCUGCGCCAAGGGAUUUUGCCGCAACUUUGACCUCAAGAAGCACAUGCGCAAGCUGCACGACGUCAGCGUCAGUUCCGGGCUCAAGCGAGGCGCUCACCACCACCACCACCAUCAUCACUCUCACCACCAAUCCAGCCCCCAAUCCGACUCCGGCAGUCGACCAUCCCCAGCCGCUGGCAGUUGGCCAACCGCCGGAAGUCCAAACUCCCCGCCCUCAGCCGCCUCUCUGGCAGCCCUAUCGAACCUGCACGCGGCCGCAGCCCUCCGGUCCGGAGACUACCCCAACCCCUUCCUCAUGCCCGGAUCUGCCCGCGGAGGUCGGCUGGAUGCGCCCUUCAUCGGGAAGGUCUUCUGACAGAAGUACUACCAACAGCAGCAUGGUUUUCAUCAACCGGCGGGACUUGUUCCGCAGCAGCAGCAGCAGCAGCACCAACAGCAACAGUUGACCAGUCUGACCAAGAGCAUACUGAUCAACUGAAGCGCCAACAAACACGGGGACCACCACAGAUUUCUCCCGGAGUUCCUCACAGGUGAGGAAACUUCCAGCUGGGAUGAUACAAUCAGUGCAAUAUAGGAGGAAGCGAUAGAGAGGCUAGAGGGGGACGUUUGGAGCCAGUGAUUUGAGCGAGUGAGUGAUCGGCAGAAACAAACAAUUAAUUAGAGCGUCGUGGUGUGUACAGUACCAGUAGAACUAGCACGUAAUGUUGCAGUAAACCGUAACGUAAGGGACAAACUACCAAACAGUGAUUGUUUUCAAUUGAUUCCAUCUUCUGUGUAGAUGUAUAAAGUUAAGGUAAUCGGAAAAGAGAGAGAUGAAAAUGCGAAACAAAAGGAACUCUUUUAGCAUGUAAAACAACGCGUAUAUUGUAGUAGGCAAACACAAACUCGAAGAAUCGAAUUUAAUUGUAAUGAAUUUGAGAAAUAUAAAAAAAACAAAGUAUAUAUGUAAUAGAAUGUUUUAAACCUAUGUGAUUAUGGAGAAAUAAAAUCGAUGCGAAAAUUUAA